AGGAAGACUUUGUUUUUCUUUUCUGUGUGGGUGCAUUUCUUUUUACUUAACCAUGGGACUGUAGCUUAAAUGUUUAAAUUUAUUCAACCUCAGGAUUAUUUAAAAUAAGUUGUCUUCUAAUAGUAUUUCAUAAACUUGUUUAUUCCAUGGGCUACUCAGGGUGUGAUUCGAUGGAGAACCGAAUUGAUAAUCUUGAUAGAAUAUCGGCAUUGCCGGAUGAAAUAUUGCACCAUAUUUUGUCAUUCGUGUCACUGAAACAAGCUGUUCGAACUAGUGUAUUGUCUAAAAGUUGGAAAGAAACAUGGCAUACAUGUCCCAUUUUGGUACUUGAAGAUCACCCUCACCGUGAUAUUGCAAGGGUAAAAGAGGUGUUGAAGUUUAUGGAACAAACUUUACUAAACCGUCACAUGGAGAUGAUAAGUUUAAGGAAGCUCAUGAUUAGCUUGGCUUGGUUUUGGGAUGAUAAAUUUGCAGCAUUGGUAGAUCGAUGUGUUUGCUUUGCAAUUGGAAGUAAUGUCAAAGAGCUUAAACUUCGAUUUCCAUUUUUCUGGGGACGAUACAAUUUGCCUCAAAUUGUUUUUUGUGCAAAAUCAAUUAAUGUGUUAGAGUUGGAUCACUGUACUCUGUCACCUCCAAGAAUUGGUGUGCAGUUGUCUUUGAGAAAAUUGUGUCUGGUGGGUGUUUAUGUAGAUGAUCAAAUGAUUGAGAAUCUCUUUGCUAGGUGCCCAUUGAUUGAGUGUCUGACAAUUGAAUCAUCUAAAGGCUUUAAAAGCCUAGAGCUAUUUAGUCUUAGGAAACUCCAUGAAGUCGAGAUAAGUAGCAAUGCUGAACUCAAAAAGGUGGAGAUCAAUGCAUUGAAUGUUCAUUCAGUAACUAUUACUAAUAUGGAAACAUGUGUGAUCAAUGUAGCCUGUUGUAAGAAUCUGAAAUGCUUAGUAUUAUCAGAUCUUUCAAUAACGGAUGAUUGGUUAUGUAAUGUAAUUUCAGAUUUUUCACUCCUCCAGUUCUUAAGCAUAACUUAUUGUCAUAAGUUAAGGAGUAUCAAAAUUUCAUGUCCUAGUCUUAAGGAAUUGGUCAUAAUUGGAUGUGAUUUGGUUGAAGUAAAGCUUGAGACUCCUAAUUUAAGUAUAUUCAGAUUUCAUGGUCAUCCAAUAUCCUUUACUUCAAAUGCUAUGGCUUUGUCAGAAACUGAUCUCUACAUCUAUGGUUAUGAUGAUGAUAUUCAGGUUGAUAUUCAGGUUUUAGUUAAGUAUAUUGAACUUCUUGCGAAAUUUAAUCAGUGUUCUGAAGUGCUAAAUUUGGGACAUUGCACGGGUGCGGUUGUCAUUGUUCCUAGAGAAUGGAGGCAAAUCUUACAUCCCCCUUUAUGCGGUGUCAGACAUUUGAACCUCCUUAUAGAUGAUGAUCUGUUUGAUUUUACAAUUCCCCAACUAGUGGACAGCUUGCUCUGGCUUUCACCUCAUAUUGUGACUAUAUCGAUGAGUUUUCCCUUAGGUCACAGACAUGAGUAUUCUUUUCAGUUCUUAUACAAGGAGCAGCUUAUUCACAAAGCAGAGAAUCCUAGUUGUUGCCAAUCCCUUCCCAUUUCAUGUUGGCAGAAUUGUCUCAAGGGAGUUAAGAUUGAACAUACUGCGACAUAUUUUGCUCAGCCUGCUUCUGUAGACAGGUUCUCUUUAGAGAGGAAGACCUCAGAAAAGCGUUCUUACGGAGAAAGGUUCUAUUUUCACGACAAUAUCUGGGAUGAGCUUAAUAAUCUUCAUUUGAAUUUGAGGAAUAAGUUUAGUUAUCUGUUUGAUGGAGAUAAAUAGUUAUCUGUUUGAUAUCAGUAGCAACUAAGAAAUUCUGGUUUCAUUAUCGAAUUCUCAUGUAACAUUGGGUAACUUUCAAUAGGUAUCAGUUUUCGAGUUAUAUUUUCA